GAAUAUUGGAGGUAAAGAAAGAAGUGGGGGCCAAGAACGUGGUUUCCUCCGUAUUUUAGGGUAGAAAAUUGAGAUGGCAUGACCCCAAGGGUUGGAACUCCACAAUCCACAUGGUUUUGUGCUGUGUUGGUUUUAUGAUAAAGCAUUGGCCUAGCCUUGUUGAUUCCUGACGACACGAGAUAGGCAUAAUCAUAGCAUCAUAACAUAAGAUGGGGAAGCCGACGGGGAAAAAGAAAGAUCAGGAGGCAGGUCCUGCGAGGGCGAACGGGCACCACGGGCACUCCAAGUCAUGGGAGGAGAAGCGGGGGUCGUCGAAGGCUCUGGACGAGGACACGGCGAUGUUCAUAAACAUGUCGCAGGAGCUUCGGGAGGAAGGGAACAGGCUGUUCCAGAGGAAGGACCACGAGGGGGCGAUGCUCAAGUACGAGAAGGCCCUCAAGCUGUUGCCCAAGAACCACAUCGACGUGGCGCACCUGCGCACCAACAUGGCCGUCUGCUACAUGCACCUCGGCCUCGGCGAGUACCCACGCGCCAUCAGCGAGUGCACCAUGGCGCUCCAGGUCUCGCCCAGGUACAGCAAGGCCCUUCUGAAGCGCGCCAAGUGCUACGAGGCCUUGAACCGCGUCGAUUUGGCCAUGCGCGAUGUGCGCGUCGUCCUCAAUUGGGAGCCUAACAACUCCACCGCCUUGGAGGUUUUGGAUAGCUUGAGGAAGACCAUAGAUGAGAAGGGGAUCGUCGUCGACGAGACCGAGAUCGCCCUCGCCGCGCUGCAGCAGCAGCCGGAGGCCGGCGCCUCUUCCCGCCUCCGGAAGGUGGUGAGGGAGAAGAUUAAGAAAAAGAAGGAUUUCAAGGGUGAGGAUGAAGGGUCAUCAAAGAAUGUCAUAAUUGAGGAGAAGGAGAAUGUUAAAAUGAAGGAGAAAGAAAAAGAGAAGGAGGAAAAAGGGGUGGUUACUAGGACUGUGAAGUUGGUAUAUGGAGAGGAUAUAAGGUGGGCGCAAUUGCCUGUGAAUUGUGGGAUGAGGUUUGUGAGGGAUGUGAUAAAGGAUAGGUUUCCUGGGUUGAAGGGUGUUCUUGUCAAGUAUAGAGAUAGGGAGGGGGAUUUGGUUACUAUAACUAGUACUGCUGAAUUGAGGUUGGCGGAGACUUGUCAUGUGCUUGGGUCGAUUAAGCUUUUUGUUUCGCAGGUUGAGCCGGAACAUGAGCUGUGUUAUGACGAUGAUGAGGUGGGGGUGGGGGUGGGGGAGGGUCUGAAGUUGAAGCGGGUUGAGAAUGAAGGCAGGAUGAGUACUACUGUGGAGGAUUGGCUUGUGCAGUUCGCGAGGCUGUUUAAGAAUCAUGUUGGGUUUGAUUCGGAUGUGUAUUUGGACAUUCAUGAGGUUGGGAUGAAGCUGUAUUCGGAGGCCAUGGAGGAAGCGGUGACCAGUGAGGCUGCUCAGGAGCUGUUUGAGAUUGCGGCGGAUAGGUUUCAGGAGAUGGCGGCUUUGGCGUUGUUCAAUUGGGGGAGUGUGCAUAUGUCAAGGGCGAGGAAGCGGGUGAAUUUGAUGGAGGAUGGGCCAAAGGAGUCUUUGUUUGAGUGUGUUAAGGCUGCGUAUGAGUGGGCUCAGAAGGAGUACAAGAAUGCAGAGAAGAGAUUUGAAGAGGCUGUGAAGAUCAAACCGGAUUUUUAUGAGGGGCGUCUUGCACUUGGGCAUCAGCAGUUUGAGCAAGCGAGGCUCAGCUGGUGUUAUUUGAUUGCAAACGAGAAGGAUUUGGAAGCUGGACCUUCGGAUGAGGUUCUGCAGCUCUAUAACAAGGCGGAGGACAACAUGGAGAAAGGCAUGUUGAUGUGGGAGGAGAUUGAGGAGCGGCGUUUGAAUGGAUUGUCCAAAUCAGACAAGUAUAAAGAGCAGUUAGAGAAAAUGGGUUUGCAUGGUCUUUUCAGGGAUGUUUCUGCUGAUGAAGCUGAAGAGCAGGCUUCGAGGAUGAGGUUGCAGGUAUAUCUUUUGUGGGGAACCUUGCUCUAUGAGCGCUCUGUUGUGGAGUAUAAGCUAGGCCUGCCAACAUGGGAGGAAUGUUUGGAGGUUGCUGUUGAAAAAUUUGAACUGGCUGGAGCUUCUUCCACUGACAUUGGGGUCAUGAUAAAGAACCACUGUUCUAAUGAAACAGCAAUGGAAGGGUUCAAAAUUGAUGAGAUAGUGCAAGCAUGGAAUGAGAUGUAUGAUGGGUGGCAGUUUGAUGUCCCAUCAUUUCGACUUGAACCAUUGUUUCGUCGGCGUGUUCCAAAACUCCAUUACAUCCUGGAGCAAUUUUGAGUUUUCUUCUUGUGUUUGUUAUUCUUUAUAGAGGCAAUAUUAGUGCUUCUAUUUUCUUUAUAAGUUUUUGAAGGCUUCUUCAUUCCAUUCCAAGACAGGCGAUUCCCAAAAAGCGCCUCAAUGAAAUUGUUGCAAAGAAUGGGAUUGCUUUAGCAUUUGUGACUAUGGGAUUCGCUUCUCAUAUGGAUGGACCUGCAGACGGGUGUGGUCUAAUUGCCGUUGGUGAAACAAGAUUAAUGCCUGAUUUGUCUACUAUAAGGAGAAUACCAUGGAACAAGCUAGAUGAAAUGGUUUUAGCUGAUGUGUGUUAAACCGGGUGAAGCUUGGGAAUAUUACUCAAGAGAUGCCUUAAGAAGAGUUUCUAAAAUUUUGAAAGAUGAAUUUGACUUGGUAGGAAUCAGAAUUUGUCUUAUUUGUUGGGAUGUAUAUCAUGUUUAACUUUUCUCUGCUUCCACUUCCAGGAAAUGAAUGCAGGAUUUGAGAAUGAAUUUAUUCUCUUAAAGUUACAUGCUGAGGGUGGAAAGAAUCAAUUUGAGCUGGUUUUGAAUUGUACCAUUUGUACUAAAGCCUCAGACAACUUAGUUUGCACCCAUGAAGUUGUUAGGGAAAUCGCUAAGAUUGGAGUAUGCACGAAGACACGUUGUCAUGUGUAGGUUUGUAGGAGGAUGUAACCGUGGAAGAAUUUAAAAGCGUUUCGGUAUGUUCUGUAAAUAGCAUUUGGUUUCGUGGACGAGAAGAGCCAGUAAAACUGAGAGCUUUUAGUCUAAGCUUUAUAAGACGAGAUUUUGUUUCUUGAUA